AUGCGGCAUCCGGACCCAGGAUGUGGCUUGGCCGCCCCAGAGUUUCCUUUAAACCUUAAUUGCUCACUUUUCCUAUCGAGGAAGGUAAUGCGUGUGCGGUUAUCUUCCAGGCAAAGGCAGCAGCGCCUGAAUGGUAAAGACUACACAAGGAAGAAGCAAUUUAACGAUCCCGACACCGCCUUGUCUGCGGUGGACCGGCAAAGCUCUCAGCAGAACAAGAAAUGUGAAGACUUACCGGAUUUUUCCGAAAUGGGCCGCUCCAACCAGGAAUAUUUCCUGAAGCUAGAAGAACUAAAGUCUGCUCAUUUGGAGACCAUGGCCAAACUGGAGAAAAUGUAUCAAAAUAAACUGCAUUUAAAAGGAGUGCUUCCAGGGGCCUGUGGAAAUACUCUGUCUAGCAUGCUCAGAUCACUGUGGGAAGAAAGCGCAUUUCAACCUACCAGUUUGCCUCAUUCACCUUGUGAGCUUGACUGUAGCCAGACUUCCUCCAGUGAGUCUGAAAAUGAAUUGCUCUACCAAGAAGAAGACAAUAAUAGCGAGGUAAACUUUUUGGCUUCUGCUAAGGAGCAGAUCAGAAACAUGUGGGAUGAUUUCAAUGUGGAAGACUAUGGCCCCUUUGACAGUCACCAGGUACAAAAACUCCAAAAGUCAAAGAGUAAGCCAAAGAAAUGGGUGCCAAGGAUUACGGUGCCAGAACCUUUUCAAAUGACAAUCCGAGAAGACAGGAAAAAAGAGCAGCGCGUCAGAGCUAAGGCAGAAGCCGAAAGGACCAGUACCUUGAUGCGAAAACAAGAAGAAGAAGAAGAAGAAGCAGCAGAGUGUCAGAAGAAAUUCCGAGCCAAUCCCACUCCUGCAUUUGUCUUCCUCCCACUCUAUCGGGAAUUAUUAGAGCGAAAUGAAGAACGCCGGAGGUUCAUUAAGGAGAAGAGUAAAGAAAUCCUUUUAGCCUCACAGAAACCUUUUGAUUUUGUAGUACGGGAAGAACAAAAAAAAGAAUUCCAGAGAUUGCAGUCAGAAGUCCCUUCAAAGUCUAAAACCCAAGUAAAAUCGUUUAAGGCCAAACCUGUACCUAAGUCUGUGUACAGUUCAGCCGUCACUGAUCGGAUCAAAGAGGAAGAGCUUUAUAGGGAAAUUAGGAUCCAGAUGAGAUCCCAGGAGCUUUUACAAAAUGCAUCACUUCCCCGCAGUAUGCUGGCUCGGAGCUCUCCCUCUAAGAGGAAGCACAGACACACCAAACAAAGGGAAGAGUUGAAGUAUAAACCCAAGGUCAACUGCCGGGUGCCGGACUUUGAAACCCUUCACCAAAAAUUUCAGAAGCAAGUCUUGAAACAGAAACAUCUAAAACCCAGUACGGUCUGUGAACCGUUUGACCUUCGGACUUUACGUAUCCCAUCUAAUAGAGGGAGAAUUUUGAAGGACAUCCAAGCGGAUGAGGAAAAUUUGAAGGAAACCCGCUGGCCCUAUCUGUCUCCAAGGUGCAAGUCACGAAUGAGAUGCUCGAGUGCGAGUCCUCGGCUGGGGGAGACCGAAGAACCCGACCCUCCGAGAGCUAACGAGUCUUCAAGAAGACGCCAAGACGCCAUUAGAAAACAUGAGAAGGAGAGGAUGAAGGAAUACUUUCAGGAACUGGAAGAAAUAGAAGAGAAAUUGAAGAAGAGGCCCCUGCUCUUUGAAAGAGUUGCUCAGGAAAAUGCAAGAAUGGCAGCAGAAAAGCAUUAUUCUACCACCCUCCAAGAACUCGGGCUCUGCGAUGAGUUUGUGGCAAGUAAAGGCCAGAGUACAAGAUGGUCUGAACACUUCAGAGGGCAGGAGUUUGAAAGCAGCUCUGAAGAUACAGAAAGGGAUUCGGAGAAACAAGAACUCUGGGAAGAAAACUGUGAAAGUGAUCUUGACGACCAGGACAGUCAAACGUCAGGAUAAGAAACAUGAAGACAAUUCAACAUAAAGGCAAAAAACAGUCCAGCAAUGACAAAAAUAAUUCCAGCAGCAAGACGUCUUUAACACUUUGUAACUGAGGUUUAUUGUACUUAAAUUGCCAACAAUCUAACUUGGUGUUUCAGGGUUUUGGUGGAGGCAAAUAAUACAUAGUGAUAUGAACAGAAACCUAAAUAGG